UAAAAAUUAUCAACUCACCAGCAUAUUAAGCAAACGAUGCUUCAUUCCUGCAACAACCUCCAAUUGCAAACGAAAAUGGGCAUCGAAAACGGGUCAACGUUGAAGAAGAAAUGGGGAUUCCGGCUGAACCGAGAGACGAAUAUGGGGGCCGAUAUAACGAUUAGAGGUGUUCGGUACAUGCUCAUGUCCAAACUCAACAAAUCGGACACCAGACCCGUCCUCCCUCUCGCCCAUGGAGACCCGUCGGCUUUCGCAUGCUUCCGGACUACCCAGGUUGCAGAAGAUGCUUUAGUUGACUCCAUUCGUUCUGGUAACUUUAAUGGUUAUGGCCCUGGUGUCGGUAUCCUUCCGGCAAGAAGGGCUGUGGCAGAAUACCUUUCUCAGGAUCUUCCAACUAAGUUAUCAGAGGAUGAUGUGUUCUUGACAGUCGGUUGCGCGCAUGCGAUUCAAACCAUAUUAACCGUGCUUGCGAAUCCCAACGCGAACAUUCUACUCCCUAAACCCGGGUUUCCAUACUAUGAAGCUGUUGCUAAAUCAUGCCAUUUGGAAGUCCGACAUUUUGACCUUCUUCCAGAGAAAGAUUGGGAAGUUGACCUUGAUGCGGUCGAAGCUCUUGCCGAUGAAAACACAGUUGCAAUGGUUAUAAUCAACCCUGGAAAUCCUUGUGGGAAUAUAUUCACACAUCAACAUCUAGAAAAGGUUGCCAAAACAGCCAAGAAACUUGGGAUAUUAGUCAUUUCUGAUGAAGUUUAUGACCAUCUUGCUUUUGGGAAGAACCCUUUUGUCCCAAUGGGAACCUUUGGAUCAAUUACACCUGUUAUUACACUUGGCUCCAUAUCAAAAAGGUGGAUUGUUCCUGGUUGGCGCCUCGGAUGGCUUGCCAUCAAUGAUCCUAAUGGCAUCCUUAAGGAACACGGGAUUAUUGAUUGCAUUGCUGGACAUAUCAGUUUAUCCUGUGACCCUCCAACGUUUAUUCAGGGAGCGAUUCCUGAUAUACUCGGAAAAACUAAAGAGGAUUUCUUUCUCAAAAUCAUAAGUAUAAUAAAAGAUAAUGCGAAUAGCUGUUAUGAGGGACUUGCAGAUGUCCCUGGUGUAGUUUGCCCGAGCAAACCCGAAGGAUCAAUGUUUGUUAUGGCGAAACUAGAUCUAUCGGUGUUUGAGGACAUCAAGGAUGAUUUGGACUUCUGUCUCAAGCUUGCCAAAGAAGAAUCAGUUAUUAUCCUACCAGGUAUAACUGUGGGGCUCAAAAACUGGCUAAGAAUAACAUUUGCUAUUGAGCCUUCAGCUCUAGAAGAUGGCAUCAAGAGGCUUAAAGCAUUUUGUGAAAGACACUCCAUCAAAGCAUAACUUAAAGCUUUAAUCAUCUCUCACUUGGGGUUAAUUUCAAUGCAUGAUAUUAUUUGUGUUUGCUUUUGCUUUAGUUGUGAAAAUAAGUUGUGAACACUUUUGAAAAAUUUGUACAUAACUUUUUAUCCGUAUUAAAAUGUCACUUGUUUGUCAUUCA